AUGUCACCUCCACGCAUGGACCCGCCGAGGAUGGACCCGCCGGGGCCGGCGCAGGGCCAGCACCAGCACGAGCCCAUCAGCUUCGGCAUCGACCAAAUCCUCAACAGCCCCGAGCAGGACAGCGCUCCCCCGCCGCCGCCGCCGCCCCCCCGGGGCCCCGACGGCGCGACCUUCCUGGGCGGCCCCGGCGGCCGCGGCGGCGCGCCCUACCCGGCCCUGCCGGCCCCCUUCCCGGCCAUCGCCGCGCCCUUCGAGGACUCGGGAUCGUACAGUGUGAACCUCAGCCUGGCCCCGGCCGGCGUGAUCCGGGUGCCGGCGCACAGGCCUAUCCCCGGGGCCGUGCCGCCGCCCAUCUCCAGCGCCAUCCCGGCCAUGCCCGCCGUGCCCAGCCUGGGCAGCCUCAACUUCCCCUGGAUGGAGAGCAGCAGGCGCUUCGUCAAGGACAGGUUCACAGCGGCCGCGGCGCUGACGCCCUUCACGGUGACACGGCGGAUCGGGCAUCCCUACCAGAACCGGACUCCGCCGAAGCGCAAGAAACCGCGGACAUCCUUCUCCCGGGUGCAGAUCUGCGAGCUGGAGAAGCGCUUCCAUCGGCAGAAGUACCUGGCCUCGGCCGAGCGCGCUGCCCUCGCCAAGUCCCUCAAGAUGACGGACGCCCAGGUGAAGACCUGGUUCCAGAACCGGCGCACCAAGUGGCGGCGGCAGACGGCGGAGGAGCGGGAGGCCGAGCGGCAGCAGGCGAGCCGGUUGAUGCUGCAGCUGCAGCACGACGCCUUCCAGAAGUCGCUGAACGAGUCGAUCCAGCCCGACCCGCUGUGCCUGCACAACUCGUCACUGUUCGCGCUGCAGAACCUGCAGCCCUGGGAGGAGGAGAGCGCCAAGAUCCCCCCGGUCACCUCGCUGGUGUGAGCCCGG